ACCCCACCGCACAAACAAAACAACUCUCCAUCAUCUGUUUUUUAGCAGACCUGAAAAUUGCCUCUUUCGAAUGAACAGAAAACAAAUUAAGAAUAUGGCAAAUAUCUCCUUCCGUCUCUGCGGUUCCGAAACCAACACCGACGCCGACGAACAAGCCCUAACCAUAGACCCUUAUUUCCCACUCUUCUCGUCCUGUCUCCACGAUGAUCCCUUCCUUCAUCAACCCGAACCAACCCAUUUCAACAUCCACUCUCUGGAUCACAAAGACGACGACGCCGUUUCAGAUCCUGAAUCAGUUAUCCUCAACUGUCCUGAUCUCUCAGACCGCGAGAACCAGGUCAGUUUCGUUAUGGAUUUGUUUCAACAACGUGUCGAGCAGUCCCAACUACUUUGUCAAGAUGUUGAUGAGGACGACGAUGUUGUUUGUUCUCAUUUGGUCUACGAUUCGCUUAAAGAUUCAGAUUUCGGUGUUAUUGAGGAGAACUCUAUAUACAAUUUAGAGCUUGAUUUGGGAUUAGGGUUUGGUUUAGAUAGUCAAGAGAAUUCUGGGUUUCAAAAUAUAGACGCUAACUAUAACGAUAACGAUAACGAUGUUGUUUAUAAUGAUAGUAAUGUUAUUAUUGACGACGAUGAUGAUGAUGAUUACUUUAUUGAGAGAAGGGUUUCUGGAAUUGAAUCAUGUGAGGCUGAGUCUACUGUGAGUAUUCAUGCUAAUGCAAUCAGGGUUGUUGGGUUCGGGUCUGAUUCGGAUUCUGAGAAUAACCAGAAUUCUUUAGCUAUUGAUUUAAAUUCUGGGGAUGAGUAUGGUUUGGAUGUGACUGUAGGGAAUGGAAGUUUUGGUGAUGGUGCCGACUAUGAUGAUGAUGAUGAUGAUGUCAGUGUUACAAUUCCGCUUUGUUGGGAUUCGCUUCAAUUGGAGGAUCAUAGGGAAAACAAUGAGGAUUUUGAGUGGGAGGAAGUGGAUGGUCGUGUUGAGGAGAGAGAGGUUCUAAGUAUGUUUAUUGAUGAUGAUGAGGCAUCUGUUUCACUUUCCAUUUCACCUCUUAUUGCUGCUCCUGAGGAUCUAGUCAAUGUAGAGAGAGGAGGAUUAGAUAAUUUGGAGUGGCAGGUUUUAUUGAAUGCCAACAACUUGGACCAUGACCAUAAUUCUGAGCCUUAUUUCGGCGGUCAUGAUGAUUAUAUUUAUACAGCAGAGUAUGAGACUUUGUUUGGUCAAUUCAUGGAGAAUGAGAAUGCAAUGAUGGGUCGGCCUCCUGCAGCAAAGUCUGUUGUUGAGAAACUUCCAUCAAUGGUUUUGACGAAAGGGGAUGUGGAGAGUAAUAAUGCAGUUUGUGCGGUUUGCAAGGAUGAUAUAAAUGUGGGGGAGAGAGUGAAACAGUUGCCUUGCAUGCACCGUUAUCAUGGUGAAUGCAUUGUGCCAUGGCUGGGGAUUAGGAAUACUUGUCCUGUUUGUCGGUAUGAGUUGCCAACGGAUGAUGCAGAUUAUGAGCGAAGAAAGGUGGCAGAAAGAACUGCUUCUGCUGGUCAUCGUCUUUGAUUGAUAAUUUCUUUGCUUAUGGAUGAAUUUUUUUUUUUUUUUGAGCUGUAGGGUUGUCAAAAAUGUAGAUUUUGUUGUUGCAAUGAGUUUGUCUCUGUCAGGAUAUGGGAUUCCUAAUUUAUUAUGGAUUUUGGGUCAGUGUAUAAGAUUGUUUCCAUUACUGCAUUGUAAUGUUUGGAUUUUAAA